CAAAUCAAUGCUCUUAUCCUAGCGAAUUACAACCUCAAUUUAAUUCGAAUACAAAUUACAUUUUUCCCCCGUCGGAUAGUAAUUCAACUUUAAGGAACUACUUGGAUAUGUUCCAAAAUAAAAAUUGUUGUUUAAAAAAUAACAGUGACGAGAGUACAUUGGGCAGUGGCAGUGAGGAUAGCCCAAAAGAUUGCAAGGACAUCAGUACCACAGUCCAGUUGAGUGAUGUUGACCGUUUAUCUGGAGGGGAUUGGGAAUUUUUGAGUGCUGUCAGUUGUAGUGAUAACAAUGGAACAGAAAAACAUUUUGCAAGAUAUCAAGAUUGCGAGAAAAUUAAUUGGAAUGGAGGAACUGUUGUGGACGGGAAUAAUAGCACUUCAAAUGCCACCAUAACCAAAACACCAGACAUGUUGGCAGGAACGAAAAAAGAAAGCAGAGUUUUAACAUCUGCAAACCGGAAAGAACGUACCACAUUUACCAAAGAUCAAAUCACAGAAUUAGAAGCGGAAUUCUUGCAUUCAAAUUAUUUGACUAGAUUAAGGAGAUAUGAAAUUGCUGUAGCAUUGGAUUUAUCAGAGAGACAGGUAAAAGUUUGGUUUCAAAAUCGCCGAAUGAAAUGGAAACGCAUCGUCUUAGAAGAACGAAUUGGAAUUCCUCGAACAACAAAAUCUGGACGAAAAUCAAAUACCUACUAAUUAGUAAAAAAAAAAACACAUAAUUAUUGGAAUUUCAUAAGAAAUACAAAGAAAAACUAUUUAUUACUUACACCUUUUAAAUAUUAAAAAU